CACUGUGGAUGUUUACAUCAUGUCUUUUCGCCUUGGCGACGGUAACCAGGGCAUCACUAAUGCGUCUCCGAAAAACUGUUUCUACUGAGACCAAACUAAACAUUCAUCACUUAACAAAGUCAAUGUAUUAGCAUAAUUUCAUUUCGACCAGAUAUGCAGCUAAAGCAUUUGAAGACGCUUCUCCCUCCACAGGAUGGAGCUGCGAAGGUUACAUGCAUGGCCUGGGCUCCGAACAACGCAAAGUUUGCCGUCUGCACUGUCGAUAGAGUGGUUUUGUUGUAUGAUGAACAGGGUGAGAGAAGGGACAAGUUUUCUACAAAGCCUGCUGACUCUAAAUACGGGAAGAAAAACUACGUGGUCAAAGCCAUGGCAUUUUCCCCAGAUUCCACGAAAAUCGCUUUGGCUCAGACUGACAAUAUUGUGUUUGUGUACAAAAUCGGAGCAGAAUGGGGAGACAAGAAAGUGAUUUGCAACAAAUUUGUGCAGACAAGUGCUGUGACAUGUCUACUAUGGCCAGCAGAAAAUUCUAUUGUUUUUGGAAUAGCAGAGGGAAAAAUCCGAGUGGCCAACACAAAAAACAACAAAUCAUCCAGUAUCUACGGAACAGAAUCCUAUGUCGUUUCCUUAACUUCAAAUGUCUCUGGGAAAGGGAUUCUCUCAGGCCACGCGGACGGGACUGUUGUGCGCUACUUCUUUGACGAUGAAGGCUCAGGCGAGUCUCAGGGUAAAUUGCUGACUCAUCCAUGCCCACCGUACGCUCUGGCCUGGGGAAGCAGCAGCAUUAUUGUGGCUGGCUGUGAUAAGAAGAUUGUAGCUUAUGGGAAGGAGGGACACAUCCUGCAGACGUUUGACUACAGCCGGGACCGCUUGGAGAAGGAGUUCACAGUCGCAGCGACAAGCCCAAGUGGCCAGUCAGUGGUGCUGGGUAGUUUUGAUAGAUUAAGAGUUUUUAACUGGACCCCUCGGAGAGGUGCUUGGGAUGAAGCCCCUCCUAAAGAAAUUCCAAAUCUGUAUACCAUCACAGCUCUGUCCUGGAAAAAAGACGGCUCGCGGCUCUGUGUGGGCACACUGUGUGGGGGAGUCGAGCAGUUUGACUGUUGCCUUCGCAGGAGCAUUUACAAGAACAAGUUUGAGAUGACUUAUGUCGGCUUGAGCCAGGUGAUUGUGAAGAACCUUUCCACAGGCACACGAGUGGUUCUCAAGUCUCAUUAUGGCUACGAGUUUGAUGAGGUAAAAAUCAUGGGGAAGGAUCGCUUCCUGGUGGCCCACACCUCAGACACCCUUCUGCUGGGAGAUCUGGUCUCCAAUAAACUGAGCGAGGUGGUGUGGCAGGGCUCUGGAGGGAAUGAGAAGUUCUUCUUUGAAAAUGAAACUGUAUGCAUGAUCUUCAACGCAGGAGAACUGUCUUUGGUGGAGUACGGCAAAAACGAAAUCUUAGGAUCUGUUCGCACUGAAUUUAUGAAUCCCCACCUUAUCAGCGUCCGUCUUAAUGAAAGGAGGCAAAGAGGGGUGGAUGAUAACAAGAAGUUGGCCUAUCUAAUCGACAUCAAAACCAUAGCCAUAGUGGACUUGGCUCUUGGUUAUAACAUCGGGACUGUUAGUCAUGACUUAAGGAUUGACUGGCUGGAGUUAAACGAGACGGGUCGCAAGCUGCUUUUCCGAGACAAGAAAUUACGGCUGAACCUGUAUGAUAUCGAGAGCGGACUGAAAACCACAGUACUGAGCUUCUGCUCCUACGUGCAGUGGGUUCCAGGCAGUGAUGUGGUGGUUGCUCAGAACCGCAGCAACCUGUGUGUGUGGUACAACAUCGAUAGUCCAGAGAAAGUCACCAUGCUCCCUUUGAAAGGGGAUAUUGUUGAUUUGGAAAGGGCAAACGGCAAAACCGAGGUGAUUGUGCUGGAAGGGGUAAACACGGUCUCCUAUACGUUGGAUGAAGGACUGAUAGAGUUUGGAACAGCCAUUGAUGAUGGAGAUUUUUUCAGAGCUACAGCAUUCCUGGAAACACUAGAAAUGUGUGCUGAGACUGAAGCCAUGUGGAAGACGCUGAGCAAGCUGUCUCUGGAGGCACAGCAGCUACACAUUGCAGAAAGGUGCUUUGCAGCUUUGGGGAACGUCUCCAAAGCACGAUUCCUGAACAAGACCAAUAAAAUUGCUGAUUCUGUUUUAAAGGAACCUGGAGGUGAUGGCAAGGAACACUAUCAAGUGAAAGCGCGGCUAGCAAUGCUAGAUAAGAACUAUAAACUCUCUGAGAUGUACUACUUGGAACAGAAUGCAGUCAGUGAGGUAAUGGAAAUGUACCAGGAGCUACAAAUGUGGGACAACUACAUUGCAAUAGCAGAGGCCAAGGGUCACCCAGACUUGGACAACUUGCGACGCAGCUACUCCGCCUGGCUGAUAGAGACCAAACAGAAUGAGAAAGCAGGGGAAAUGAAGGAAAGCGAGGGCGAUUAUGUAGGAGCAGUUAACUUUUACCUUAAGGCCGGACUUCCAGCCAAAGCUGCCUGGCUGGCCAUGAACAGGGACGAGCUCUUGUCCAGCAGUAUCGUCACCCGCAUUACCUCUGCUCUCAUUAAAGAAGAGUUUUAUGAGCGGGCAGGUGACCUUUUCAGGAGGAUAAGUAAUAACCAGCGUGCUCUAGAUAGUUACUGCAAAGGCAACGCUUUCAAAAAGGCUGUGGAGCUUGCACGCGUGGCAUUUCCUUCUGAAGUGGUGAAGCUAGAGGAGGCCUGGGGUGACUAUCUAAUCCAGCAAAAAAGAAUGGAUGCUGCAGUCAAUCAUUACAUUGAGGCUGGGUGUGGUUCCAAAGCAGUCGAAGCAGCGAUUGGGGCACGUCAGUGGAAGAAAGCUCUGCACAUCGUAGAGUUACAAGAGGACAAAUCCUCAGCCAAAUACUAUUUAAAGAUCGCCCAACACUAUGCCUCUUUGCAGGAAUAUGAGGUAGCGGAACGCCUGUUUGUGAAGGGAGGCCAUAUCAAAGAUGCUAUAGACAUGUAUGCUGAGGUGGGGAGAUGGGAGCAAGCACACAAGCUUGCUGUGACAUGCAUGACCGAGGAUGAAGUGUCUGCUCUCUACAUCAAUCGAGCUGUUGAGCUAGAGAAGGAGGAGAAGUAUAAAGAAGCUGAACGGCUGUUUUGCACUGUUGGUGAGCCUGAUAUGGCAAUCACCAUGUACAAGAAGAAAAAGCUCUACGAUGACAUGAUUCGUCUUGUUGCCAAACACCACAAAGAACUCCUAAAGGAGACUCAUAUUCACUUAGCCAAGGAGUUGGAAGUUGAAGGAAGAUUCCAGGAGGCUGAGCAUCACUACAUUCAGGGUCAGGAUUGGAAAGCAGCAGUCAACAUGUAUGGCACAAAUGAGAUGUGGGAGGAAGCAUAUAGGGUGUCAAAGAGUCACGGGACAGUCAGCGCCUACAAGCAAGUGGUCUACCUGUGGGCCCGAAAUCUAGGAGGAGAGACAGCUGUUAAACUUCUUACCAAGUUUGGCCUUCUGGAGGAUGCCAUCGAUUUUGCAGCUGAAAAUCGUUCAUUUGACUUUGCCUUUGAACUGGCCCGACUGUCAUCAAAACAGAAGAUCCCAGAAAUCCAUCUGAAGAAUGCCAUGUUUCUGGAAGAUGAGGGUAAAUUUAGCGAAGCUGAGACAGAGUUCAUCAAAGCAGGAAGGCCGAAAGAGGCAGUUUUGAUGUACCUGCAUAUACAGGAUUGGAAUGCAGCCCAGGGUGUGGCUGAGGCUCAUGACCCAGACAGUGUGGCUGAUGUGCUGGUAGAGCAGGCCAAGUACUGCCUUGAGCAAAAAGACUUCCAAAAAGCAGAAGCAUUUCUUCUCCGAGCACAGAGACCUGAGCUCGCCAUCAAAUAUUACAGAGAGGCUGGCAUGUGGAGUGAUGCUAUGCUCAUCUGUAAAGAGUACAUCCCCAAUAAGCUGAGCAUUCUUCAAGAGGAAUAUGAAAAAGAGAUUGCAAAAAAUGGCAGUCGGGGAGUAGAGGGUAUGAUUGAGCAGGCUCGGGAGUGGGAGCAGACGGGUGAAUAUGCUCGGGCAGUGGACUGCUACCUGAAAGUGAAUGAUUUGUCCAACGUGAACCUUCUUGUUACAUGUUGGACGAAGGCAGCAGAACUGGCCAUCAAGUUUUUAACACGUGAGAAGGCCGUGGGUGUUGUUCAGACUGUUGGACCACGCUUUGUGCAGCACAGAAGGUACACUGCGGCUGCUGAACUAUACCUUAACUUGGACCUCAUCAAGGAAGCUGUAGAUGCCUUCAUGGAGGGGGAAGAAUGGAACAAAGCCAAGCGAAUAGCCAAAGAGUUGGACACAAGGUUAGAGGGAUAUGUUGACCAGUGUUACAAAGAGCACUUGAAAAACAAAGGCAAGGUGGACUUGUUGGUUGGUGUAGACGUCAUGGCUGCAUUAGAUGUGUACGCAGACAGAGGCCAGUGGGAGAAAUGCAUUGAUAUUGCAUCCAAGCAGAAUUUUAAGGUCCUACAUAAAUACUGUGCUCUUUAUGCCACCCACCUCAUCAAAGAAGGCGACGUAGAGAAAGUUCUUGACCUGUAUGUACAGCACGGGAUGCCAGCCAGCUCUGAGAACUUCAACAUCUACAAGCGCAUGUUCUUAGAGCUGAUGAACCUCCGAGACAGGGAUGGCGCCAAAUCCUAUCGCAUGUGGGCUAACCUGAGAGACAUUUUACACUUGCUGUGUGAGAACCUGACCAAGUCUACAGAAGCCAACACUCCGGCCCAUGAAGUCUUUGAGCAGAUGCUUGUAGUUGCUCACUAUUAUGCAACCCGCUCAGCAGCCAAAGGCAUUGACCAGCUGAGUACUUUGGCAGCCAAGUUAUCCAUUUCACUGCUUAGGCACACUGAGUUAAUUCCAGCAGACAAGGCUUUUUAUGAGGCAGGCCUGGCAGCAAAGGAUAUUGGGUCUGAGAAUAUGGCCUUUAUUUUCCUCAACCAUUUUCUGGAUUUGGCAGAUUGUAUUGAUGAGGGUACAAUAGAUGCUGUGGACCACACAGAUUUCCAGGACACAGACAUUCCUUUUGAGGUCUCCCUUCCAUCAAAGCUCCAUGUCACUGUGGAGAUGAGGGAGGAGAUCAGGGACUGGCUUCUGACAGUUUCCAUGGAGCAGCGGUUAGAACCGGUCCUACCCAAGGAUGAGAGAGGCACGUAUGAGGCCUCACUGCUUGCUGCUAACAUCGGCAUCCGCUCCUUGCCCUGUGUUAUUACAGGUUACCCUGUUCUCCAUGAUAAAAUUGAGUUCAAACGGCCAGGCAUGGCAGCUAACAAGGACGACUGGAAUAAAUUCCUGAUGGCUACCAAGACCACUCACAGUCCGGAGUGUCAAGAUGUUCUGAACUUUAUUGCCCGCUGGUGUGGAGGACUUCCAACAGCUGGAUACACCUUUCAAUAAGGGCAUGCUUUGAGGCUUAUUUGAUCUGAAUCUUGUGAUAUCUGUAUUAUUUGUCUCUCACUCGGAUUUAUGCUUUUAACUCUUUUAAUCUGUUGAAGAUACAAAGAGCUGUUUUUAUAUCACUUACACACGCGCACACACACACACACACAGGUUAGGCUAAUUGACAUUCCCAAAUUGCCCAUAGUGUGUGUGUGUGUGUAUGUGUGUGUGCCCUGCUAUGGAUUGGCACCCUGUCCAGGGUGUACCCUGCCUCGUGCCCUAAGCCUCCAGGGAUAGACUCCAGGUCCCCAGAUAUUUUGAAUACAGGAUAAAGCGGUAUAGAGUGAGUGAGUGAGAGAGAAAUUUUAUUUAUCUUGUCUUUGUGGCCAGGUUGUUUGUGUCACAGGCGUUUCUAAAAAAAAAAUUAACAGUAAGCAGCGUAAGUAAAGUUACCUUUUUUAGAAGAAUGGUAGAAUGGUUUGCUAUUGUGUAAAUGUGUUAACAUUUAAAUUCAUGGAGGCUGUAUCUGUACAAUAUACUGUAUGAUAGUACUUUACCACCCAAAGCCAAAUAUAUAUUUGGAAAAAACAAUAUAUAUGGAAAAUUAUGAAAAUGUGUACGUGGAUUAAAAAUAAAAAUAAUUUCUUUA